UCCACCCCAUCGCAACCAUGGCUGUCGGCAAGAACAAGCGUCUUUCAAAGGGCAAGAAGGGUCUCAAGAAGAAGACCGACACCUUCGCGAAGAAGGACUGGUACAACGUCAAGGCCCCUGGCACUUUCCAGGUCCGAGACGUCGGCAAGACCCUCGUCAACCGCACCUCCGGUCUCAAGAACGCCAACGAUGCGCUGAAGGGCCGGAUAUUCGAGGUCUCCCUCGCCGACCUCCAGAAGGAUGAGGACCACGCUUUCCGCAAGGUCAAGCUCCGCGUCGACGAGGUCCAGGGCAAGAACUGCCUGACCAACUUCCACGGCCUCGACUUCACCUCGGACAAGCUCCGCUCGCUCGUCCGCAAGUGGCAAACCCUCAUCGAGGCCAACGUCGUCGUCAAGACCACCGACGACUACCUCGUCCGCCUCUUCGCCAUCGCCUUCACCAAGCGACGACCCAACCAGAUCAAGAAGACCACCUACGCCGCUUCGUCUCAGAUCAGGCAGAUCCGCAAGAAGAUGACCGAGAUCAUGACCCGUGAGGCCAGCUCGUGCUCCCUCGCCCAGCUCACCCAGAAGCUCAUCCCCGAGGUCAUCGGCCGCGAGAUUGAGAAGGCCACCCAGGGCAUCUACCCCCUCCAGAACAUCCACGUCCGCAAGCUUAAGCUUCUCAAGCAGCCCAAGUUCGACCUUGGUGCUCUCCUCGGACUCCACGGCGAGUCAAACGCGGACGACUCUGGCCAGAAGGUUGAGCGGGAGUUCAAGGAGACGGUGCUUGCUGAGGUGUAAGGGACUUGGUUGAAUAGGCUGGGGUCUCUUACGGUUUUUUCGACAUGAAUAUGGGCAUCACAUGGUGUUAUGUUUACAAAUGAAAGGUUAAACAUGACCCUACUGAGUGCUAGGUGGCAGUGACGGCGUGCAUGGCUACAACGAUUCAUACCAUGGUGUUCAGCGGUGGUGCAGGAAAAG